AUGGGCACUUUCAACAGAGCCAAGAAGGUCUUGCAGAAGUUGAGAAAGAAGACCCAAGUAUCGCCAUCCACGGAAAUCCCAACCCUUUUCGUGACACUCAAUGACAAAACAAAGGAUGUGGACCGCAACGCAUGCUCUUUGUCAUUUCAAUCAUUGAGUCGUGACGUUGUUGUCACCAUCAAAAAGGAGAUUGAAAUUUUAUACGACCGCACUGGCUAUGCAGUGGAACAACCAGCAAAGAAUCAAAAGUACGAACAAAGCAUGUCAUCCUUCUUUGAAAAGCUUGGGCAGUUGCCCAACUUGACUUCCGUGACGGUGAUUGGCGGAACCAAAGGAGUGGAAGGAUCACUCAAUCUCCGCCACUUGACUGCACUAUUCAUGGCAGCUGCUGGUAAUCUGGAGAGCUUUACUCUGUCCAAUCUCGAUGUGAUUGCAGAACAUGAGGCGGAGUUGGAAGAGUUCGCGGGAGCCAUUCGACGACUGGUGUCAUUGCGACGCUUCACGCUGCCUAAAUGCAGGCUUGCUGUUGAGGUUGAUGCAAUGUACCAAGCUGCCCCACGCAGUUAUUGGACAUCGACCUUUGAGUCUUGUGCAAGUUUACCGUACCUGGAGUUAUUGGAAAUUAACGCUUGCAAGGUGAAACUUAAUCCGGAGACAAGGUUGGGAAUCUGCAGUCCGAAACUACUAGUCCGUUUGCUGGAUUGCGAAGCAUUGGAUUACAGGUUCUUGACCAGCAUUAAGCGGCUGGAGAUUUCGUUGGCGCGUCGAAACCAAGAUUGCACCCUGAAACUGAUGCGAUUUCUGAUGGAAUAUCUGAAAAAGACCCGCGAUCUUGAAGAACUAGACCUUACAUUGCAGGCACCAGUCCACCCAGACUGUGUAAAUGUCCUGUGUGAAGCCCUCGCAGUCAACAAGAGCUUGAAGCGCCUUGUGCUUCUCGCGCCUCUAGACAACUCACUUCCAAAUGGGUUCAACGACUCCGGAACUUGGGAGCAUCUCAACAAACACAACCAUACCCUUGAAGCAUUCGAUAUUAUCCCUGAAGGUCAGCUGUCGCCUGUGGUUCUUGAGCAGAAAGAGUUUUGGUUGUUGAAGAAUCGGUUCUUUCGUCCCUACCGGGCUAUAUUGGAAGCCACGACAGCAGAAAUGUGGGUUGGGGUGUUGUCUAACCCGGACUUACAAGGCAACCUGUCAGCGCUGUUUUACGUGUUGUCCAAUGUGCAAGCAAAGCUAAUCCAAAGUUCAUAA